AUGUCAAGUAUAUCGAGCAAACGGGUGAGUUUCAGUCCCGACGUCCAUGAAAAGCCUACAGUCAUUCUUAAACAUGGAGGUGGAACUAAAGUAGGUGCAAAUAGAAAGAGGGUUGUCGCAAUUUUCACCCUUAGGCUGCCGAGAAGCUCAAAAUAUUCGCCGGCGAGAUUAUUGAGACGACUCGGUGCUAAGGUAGCAAGGGUUAUACGAUUAGUAUCAACGAGAAGAAAGUCAUCGCGCAAAGUUUCUUCGGCUAGUUUGACAAGAUCGAGAUCAGUUGCAGAUGCUAUGGACUCGCAAAGAGCUGAAGCAGUAGAAGAUUGCAUCGAGUUCUUGAAUUCUUCAUCCUCUUUGCAAAGAUCAAACUCAAUUUCUACAAACUAAAAUCUUGUUAGAUGAUUUUGCAUAUUAUUGAAAGAGUAUGUAAAUGUGAAGUUAUAAAACAAAUUUAUGAUUCAUUGAUUACA